UUGCCUCGGGAUACCAUUUUUCCUGGUCCGUGGGAGCAGAAUAUUAGAGCGCCGCUCAAUAAGAGUCAUAUUACGCCGGUCAAGAUCUACAAUUUCGAGGGUGCGACCGUGGGCGCCGAGGCGGUGCUGCAGGAUGCCAACGUGCAGAGCGGGUUGAGUUGGGUCAUUAGCCCUGGUGGCUUGAUCACCUUUGAGUUUGGGGAGAAUAUUGCUGGCAAAGUUUGUUUCGAGAUUGACGACGUGAAGAAUCAUCCUUACCUUGUUUUGGCUUACUCCGAGUCUCCUUUCUUCGCCGGACGACAGUGCGAUGCGACGGGCGAUCAGUUGGCGCAGGAUAUCCCGCUGAGAUAUGAUAUUACACAUAAGGGGAUGAAUUGCGUGGGUGGAGGGUACAAUAGAGGCGCAUUCAAGUACUUGACUGUGUUCAUGCCGGAGAAUGACCUUCCUACGGAGGGAGGUUAUUGGCAUGAUGAGACCUCAAUACACAAGAGGUCUGCGGACAUUCAGAAGCUUCUACAGAACAAAGAUGACCAGGAAAUCAUCGGUGGACCCAAGAAUGAGACGGGAGAAUCUGCAGUUGUUAUCUCGGCUCUUUGGGUCAACUGCACCGCUUUCCCUUCUAUGCGAAAUGGAAGAGCAUACACGGGAUACUUCGACAGCUCUUCGUCCAUGCUUAACCGCGUCUGGUACGCUGGCGCAUGGACCCUGCAGCUGUCUACGUUGGAUCCUCGAGAGGGUGGGUCAAUCAUUGACUUCAAUCGAUUCUUUGACCACAACAAUGCUCCUCGAGGGGCGUGGUACUCCAAUUAUACGAUCGCCAAUGGCACUACCGUCACCACUGAUGGUGCCAAACGCGAUCGUAUGGUUUGGCCUGGAGAUAUGACAAUCGCUGUACCUGGAAUUGCUGUUACGACUUAUGAUAUGUUGGCUGUACGAAAUGCUUUGAACACGAUUUAUGACCAUCAGUAUGGAGAUGGCUCGAUGCCAUAUGCUGGUCCACCCAUGGGUGCUUUUGGGGAGUUUAGUGAUACUUAUCACUUGCACACUUUGGUUGGCACUUAUUAUUACGUUUUGUAUUCAGGUGACUUGGAUUGGCUCAAGUCUAGAUGGAAUGCUUACCUCGUUGCUUUGGCUAUCAGUGUGAACAAGGUCGACGAGACUGGUUUGCUGCAUGUGUCGUCUGUCAAUGAUUGGAUUCGACCAGGUAUGACGGGCCACAACGUCGAGGCUUCAUCUAUUUUGUACGAGGUACUUGGAAAUAGUAUCAAGCUAGCCAAGUGGAUGGGAAAGAACGAGACGAAGAUCAACGGCGAAGAAUGGAGAGCCACUCAAUCUCGAUUGCGUAAGGGUAUUGCUACUCUCUACUGUGAUCAAGAUGGUUUGUACUCCGACAAUAUGGGUCGUCGUGGGUGUAACGGUCCUGAAAAGGUCCUCCCUCAAGACGGUAACAGCUGGGCUCUGAUGUCAGAAGCCUUCACCGAUAAGGACCAAGCUUAUAAUGUUUCUGAGAACCUUCGGAAGCGUUGGAUCAAGUACGGUGCUCCAGCUGUCGAGUUCCCGAAUGUCAUUUCUCCAUUCGCAUCUUCUUUCGAAUUGCUCGGCCAUGCUGCUGCUGGAAAUCACGAUGCAGCUGUUGAAUUGAUUGAGCUCAUGUGGGGUUACAUGCUUGACGGUCCUGGAAUGACCAAUUCUACUUUGAUCGAAGGCUACAGAACCGAUGGUUACGUGCAAUACCCAGCCUACUGGUCCGCAGCACGCAAUUCCCACGCUCACGGCUGGGCAGCUGGCCCGACAACUGUUCUCACUCAAGGCAUCCUCGGUAUCACACUCCUCACACCAAUGGGGAAGACAUGGGAAAUCGAACCGCAUCUCACCAAAUGGCUAAGCUACGCACAAGGAGGAUUUGCCACCAAACUAGGCAAAUUCGAGGUCUCCGUAACGACAAUGCGUAGCCUCAGCACCGGCCGAAAAGUCGAAGCCUUAAACGUCACCUACCCAUCCGGUACGAUGGGUCUCGUGAAAUGGGGAGGCAAAGCACAAUUCCGCACCGAAGGCAUGGGUACAAGUUUCAGCUACUACAGAUACAUAGACGCAACGACCCUCGCGGAACAAGAAUGGCAGACAUGGAGCGUAGACGGAGUGAAAGAUUUCGUUAAAGACGAUACGUGGCGGAAACCAGAGGUAGAAGAGAGACUAGAUGGUGUGGUAGAUUGGGAGGCUUUAGAGAAAAAUUAU